GCAUUAGGCUGCAUCAGUACUGUUUUUUUGACCUUUCGUUUUCUGGAUCUAGGGUUUCUCCUGUGACGACUCUUCUCUUCAAAUUCUCAAUCAUCAUCAUCAUCUUCUUCUUCUCACGUUCCCAAUCUUCAAACCCUAGAAACCACCGCCACCAGAAAUCAAAACAACCAUCUCCGGCAACCACCGCAUCGGAGAUUCACGAUCCCGCCGCAAACCCUGCAACUGUUAGGGUUCCGACCUUGCAUAGUACUACUUGUUUUUUCCCAAAUCACCGUCACCAUCACCUUCAAAUCACGGAUCUAAAACAAAAUGGCCUAAAUUUUCAUUUUCAUUUUUGGUUAUAUACAUACACACAUGUUUCUGUUCCUGGUAAUGCAAAAAUCAGAUGAAUCUUAAACCGAUCUUGACUAGUGUGAUUAUGAUGAACACUUUUUCCCCUACUUGUUGUUGUUGAUGAAAUUCCAAUUCCAAUUUCAAAGACUUUGUGUUUGAAGGUGGGAACAAGAAAAAUUUAAAGAAUGUAUAAAUCGGUGGUUUAUCAAGGGGAGGUGGUGUUGGGUGAGGUUGAUAUAUACCCAGAAGUGACCAACAACUUCAACUACAACAAGAACCACCUGGAUGAUGAUUUGAUGAUGAAGGAAAUCAGAAUAAGCAACUUCUCCCAACCCAGUGAGAGGUGUCUCCCACUUGCUGUGCUUCACACUGUUACCUCAUGUGGUGUUUGCUUCAAAAUGGAGUCAAAGACACAGCAGCAGGAUGGCCUCUUUCACUUGCACUCCUUGUGUAUCAGAGAGAACAAGACUGCCGUUAUGCCACUUCGUGGGGAAGAAUUACAUUUGGUCGCAAUGCAUUCGAGAAAUGAUGAUAGACCAUGUUUCUGGGGAUUUAUUGUUGCUGUGGGGCUUUACGAUUCGUGCCUUGUGAUGUUAAAUCUUAGAUGUUUGGGUAUAGUGUUUGAUCUGGAUGAAACACUUAUUGUAGCAAACACAAUGCGCUCAUUUGAGGAUAGAAUUGAUGCACUCCAGAGAAAAAUAAACUAUGAGGUAGAUCCACAACGAAUUUCUGGCAUGCAGGCAGAGAUCAAGCGUUACCUAGAUGACAAGAGUAUAUUGAAGCAAUAUGCUGAAAAUGAUCUGGUUGUUGAUAAUGGGAAAGUGAUAAAAGUUCAGUCUGAGAUUGUUCCAGCAUUAUCGGACAGUCAUCAGGCUAUAGUUCGACCCCUGAUAAGGUUGCAAGAAAAGAACAUUAUUUUGACACGUAUCAAUCCGCAGAUUCGUGAUACAAGUGUUCUUGUGAGGUUGAGACCUGCAUGGGAAGAUCUUCGGAGCUACCUGACUGCCAGAGGGCGUAAGCGAUUUGAGGUUUAUGUUUGCACAAUGGCUGAGAGGGACUAUGCACUAGAAAUGUGGAGACUUCUUGAUCCAGAUUCAAAUUUGAUAAAUUCUAAAGAACUAUUAGCUCGCAUUGUAUGUGUUAAGUCUGGUUUGAAAAAGUCAUUGUUCAAUGUCUUCCAAGAUGGCUCCUGCCAUCCAAAGAUGGCGUUAGUAAUUGAUGAUCGCUUGAAAGUAUGGGAUGAGAAAGAUCAACCUCGUGUGCAUGUUGUCCCUGCAUUUGCUCCAUACUAUGCUCCUCAAGCUGAAGCAAGUAAUACUGUCCCUGUCUUGUGUGUUGCAAGAAAUGUUGCUUGCAAUGUUAGGGGUGGCUUCUUUAAGGAAUUCGAUGACGGUCUUUUACCAAAGAUUUCUCUAAUUGCAUAUGAAGAUGAUAUCAAAGCUAUACCUCCUGCUCCUGAUGUGAGCAAUUAUCUAGUUCAAGAGGAUGAUGGAUCUGUUUCCAAUGGAAACAGAGAGCCUUUAAUGUUUGAUGGCAUGGCAGAUGCUGAGGUAGAAAGAAAAUUAAAGGAUGCAAUAUCAGUCGCCUCUGUUAUGCCUGUGACAACGGCUAAUCUAGAUCCCAGACUUACUUCUUCUCUUCAAUACACAAUGGUGUCCUCUGGUUCAGUCCCCCCUCCAACAGCUCAAGCACCUAUGGUGCAACUUUCCCAUGUCCAAUUCCCACAACCUACGUCUCUAGUAAAGGCACUGGAAUCCAGCUUGCAUAGCUCUCCUGCUAGAGAAGAAGGUGAAGUACCUGAAUCAGAACUAGACCCAGAUACCAGGCGCAGGCUUCUCAUAUUGCAACAUGGACAAGAUACAAGGGAUCAUGCAUCUAGCGAGCCUCCAUUUCCCAUGAGACAUCCUGUACCAGUUGCCACUCCUCGUGUGCCAUCACGUGGGGGGUGGUUUCCUGCAGAAGAGGAGAUUGGUUCACAGCCACUGAACCGGGUAGUGCCUAGAGAGUUUCCUGUAGAUUCUGGUCCAUUGCGUAUUGAGAAGCACCGGCCUCAUCACCCCCCAUUUUUCUCUAAGGUUGACAGUUCUAUUUCAUCUGAUAGAAUCCUCCAUGAGAGCCAUCAAAGAUUGCCGAAGGAGAUGUAUCAUAGAGAUGACCGCCCAAGAUUGAGCCAUAAUAGUUUUCAUUCAUUAUCUGGUGAUGACAUCCCCUUCAGUAGAUCAUCUUCCAGCCACAGGGAUGUUGACUCUGAAUCUGGUCAUUCUGUAUUGCAUGCGGAUGCUCCUGCUGUAGUUUUACAGGAUAUUGCACUAAAGUGUGGAACUAAGGUGGCAUUUACAUCAUCUUUGGUUGCUAGCACAGAACUACAGUUCUCCGUUGAGGCAUGGUUUUCAGGAAAAAAGAUUGGUCAUGGAUUUGGCAAAACUAGAAAAGAAGCUCAAGAUAAGGCUGCUGAGGAUUCUAUCAAACAUUUGGCGGAUAUAUAUUUGUCUCGCGGUAAGGAUGAACUUGGUUCCACUUAUGGUGAUGUGGGUGGGAUUCCCAAUCCAAGUGACAAUGGUUACAUGGGUAAUGGUAGUUCUCUUGGUAAUCAGCCAUUGCCUAAAGAGGUGUCAGUCUCGUUUUCAACUGCAUCAGAUCCAUCAAGGGCUUUAGAUCCUAGGUUGGAGGUCUCAAAGAGGUCAAUGGGUUCAAUCUCCGCCCUCAAAGAGUUGUGCAUGACGGAGGGUCUUGGUGUCAGUUUUCUAUCUUUACCGGCUCCAGCGUCAACAAAUUCUGUUCAGAAAGAUGAAGUGCAUGCACAGGUUGAAAUUGAUGGUCAGGUCUUUGGUAAAGGGAUUGGAUUGACAUGGGAUGAGGCUAAAAUGCAGGCUGCCGAAAAGGCACUUGGAAGCCUAAGAACAAUGUAUGGUCAAAGUAUUCAGAGACGGCAGAGUUCUCCCAGGCCACUUCAGGGAAUGUCAAAUAAACGUUUGAAGCAAGAAUAUCCCCGAACUCUGCAACGGAUUCCCUCUUCUGCGAGAUAUCCUAGGAAUGCUCCGCCAAUUCCAUGACAAGAGUAACGGGUUUUUUCAAUCACGCUUACUGGUAUAAUUGUUGUUGAGCCAUGUAUAUAUUACUAUUUCAACAAAUGUGGAGAAUGGCCGUGGAGAUGGACCAUUUCCACUCAAGUGGGUGCUUGGCCUCAAUCUCAUUGUCACCGUGCUCAGAGCCAAAAUAGAGAUCACCCACUGUUUGUACCAAUGUAAUACCAUCAUUGAAGUGGCAUAAAAAAUACCGGUCAAAGACAAGAUGGAAAUGCUUUGAAACCGGUUCACAAGACAAGAUGAUGAGGAAAGUCCCGUGCUUAGUUCCAUUUCUGUGGUUUGUAUACAUGAUGAUGCAGCAUAGUCAAGAGUAACCAAACCUAUUGGAAUUGAGAGUUGAUUCAGCGUUUUUUUUAACUAAAGUGAUGUACAACCAUUCAGUAUAGGUCCCCCUUUUUUAUUAAUGCAUUGAAGUCGGGUUUCGGGUUUCAGGAACCUUUCCGGCCAUAGUUUUUCAUUUGACUAAUUCUAUCGCCCUGCGACCCUUUGAAGACACUGUUAUUACUGGUGUCUGAGGUUGGAGGAUUUGCACAGGGUUGUAACUCAUUGAAGAUGUAAUACAACUUCUCAAUUGUGAUUAUGUGUCCAUUUUUUCUCCUGGUGAGAGUUGUGCAAUAUAUAUAAGUGCAUGAACCAGA